AUGAGCGGGUCGCUGUUGACAACUAAUGGUAUGUUCAUCAUAGAUGAAAUCCACACAUCAGGCCAAAGUUAUUCUGAUAUUAUAGGAGGUGGCGGAAUGUAUGCCAUAUUAGGAGGGUGUAUUGUCUCCCCAUCUGUGGAGAUAAAGAAGAAACUGCGUUGGAUUGUAGACAGAGGAAGAGAUUUCCCUAUGGACAUCACGAAACAAAUAGAAAGUUGGAACACAGGAGUAUGCUUUCGUGAUGAUCAAUCAAGGUUAACUACUAGAGGGUGGAACUUUUAUGGCGAGAAUGAAUUUAGAGAGUUCAAGUACCUUUCAAAGAAAAAACGUAUUGAUGUAGAAGACUGGCGAAAUGAGUUUGGUUCAGAGGAGGUCGAUCAUCUUGCAUGCGUGCAUUUGGUAUGCUCAGAUGAAAGAGCCUCAUCAAUCAUAGAUGAAAUGAGGUCUUAUGCGAAAUGCGAAGAUCGCGUGUAUGUCUGGGAGCCUAUACCUGAUUUAUGCGAUGCUCAACACUUUGAUGGCAUCAAAGCCGUCAUGAAUCGCCACGAGAAAGUGAUCUUAUCACCGAAUGCAGAAGAGGGAGCAAGAUUAUUUGGGAUAUCUGAGCCUACUACGCUUGAAGAGUGUGAAAAUCUGGCUAAACGAUUUGAUUCGUUCAUGGGACCUGAGAACAUAUGCGUGUUGAGAUGUGGUAAGCUCGGUUCAGUAGCUUUGACAGCUCGUCGCAAAGAAUCUAGGGACCUGAUACAUUUUCCGGCUUAUCAUUUUGAAACGCCUCAGAAGGUGAUAGAUCCAACGGGAGGGGGGAAUACGUUUCUUGGAGGUUUUUCGGUUGGAUAUGUUCUAACGCGUGGAAAUGUAUCAAUUGCCAGUAUAUGUGGUAAUAUUUCAGCUGGUUGCGCAAUUGAACAGAUUGGGGUCCCCAAACUAAAUCACGAAAAAUGGAAUGGUUUGUCUUUCGAGGAGCGUCUAGGUAUCUAUAUUGAGACAUACAAACUACCAUACGAUAGAGAAACAAUCAAUAAAAUGCUACUGGAUUAUUAG